AUGAUGGGGAAGGGGUAUGAGGAGAAGAUGGAGCACGAUGCUGGUGGUGUUGCAGUUGCGACGGAAGGGGCAGCCAAGACUCACGACGUACCGCCGAGGUUGGUUUGGGAGCACGAGGGCUCAUCGCAACAACACCAAUACCCCGAAACCGAAUAUGAAAUCGUACCCGCGAAAUCGGUUCCAGAGUUCGCCCGGAUGUCGGCAGUGGAACAAGAUCAGAAGAUGGCGAUGACUGCCGGCGUGCACCGACAGAUGACAGACCCUUUGGUCAACGAUCUCGAUCGCAACUCGCGAUACUAUCUCUACCACUUUGCAACACAGCUGUGCGAAGUCAUGGUUGUGUACGAUGAGCCUGGGCAGAAUCCCAUCCGCGACCUUAUCCCCGCGACCUCUGCCUACCCGCUGCUCUUGCAGAUCAUUGUCGCAAACUCGGCGUUUCACGUCUUCAAUAUUACCCGCAACCCCAUGGGCCAGUCAGCUUACCAAGGCGAGCGGAGUCCGACUGUAAUGGCAUAUUACCAAGCUGUGAGCCGGUUUGGAGGUCCGCUGAAGUCGUCUUAUAGAGACGCACUCGUGGCGAAGCAGCAAGCGCUCUCCUUACUCGCGAAGAGCGUGACUUGUGUGAACACCUCGAACAUUGACCUCAUAUUGAUCACUAUCCUGCUGUUUGUCAACUAUGCUCUGGUAGAGUCGGGCAGAGAUAAGUGGAAAGUGCAUAUGGACGGUGCGCUGAAGCUCAUCAAACUUCUGGGUGAACCAGAGUAUAUACAGCGACCGAUGAGUAGACUUCGCCAGACGAUUCUUUCAGACUUCCUCGUAUUUCAUAUCCUCGGAUCGACUUUCAGCUUCACGACGCUUCCCGCGUUGAUCCCGGAAACCAUCGAGUUGGACCCGAUACUUCGUUACGCGGAAACGAAUAACUACCUUUCCUGCCCUGGACCGUUAUUGCGUGUAAUGCUCGAAUCUUUCGCAUUACCGGAUAGUCAUGGGUCGCCUUCUGAGACCACCACGCCCAUAUAUCUCCAAGAGCAGGUGGGAGUACUCCUGCAACGAGCGCUCGACUUCGAUCCCAUCGCCUGGUCUUUUGAGUUUGAGCGUGCAUCGCCGUUCGAUGACAUACAGAAACGAAUUCGGAUAGCGUCGGCACAUCGAUCGGCAGUCUGCAUUUAUCUCGCUCGCGUACUACCUUCCACAAACCCUCUUCUCGAUCCCGCGAGUGGCACAGCCCUCGUCAGCCUCACCGCUCUCGCCGACGACGUCGUCAACCACAUUUCGCAUCUCGAGCCUGGAGAUGCACUCUUCAAAUCUAUCUGUUGGCCAUUGUUCCUUGCUGGUGCCGAGUCGGAGGACCCUAGUCAGCGCGAGUGGAUCAUGAACACACUAGAUGAACUCUAUGGGCAGAUGUUCUGGGGCUAUCUUCACACGUCCAAGCGCGUGUUGGAGGCUAUUUGGCGUUUCAAGGACUCAGCUGGACCUGGUGCCGGCAACUGUUGGGUGGAAGAGGUUAAAGAUCUGGGCAAUGACAUUUUGAUCGCUUAA